AUGCACGGCGUCAAUCUGAUGGCUCGCCCCGCGCCCGCGAGCGGCCCCUCCCCCGGCACAAAUCCCAAGUUUUCCUUCCCAGGGUCGAGCGUGUUCGCUGCUCAAUCCCGAGGCCAUGUUCGCAACGACUCGGACGAAGCAGCAUUUCGGUCUCCUGGUUUUACCGGUCCAACACCAUCGCUUCCUCCGCCUCACAGUAGCAACCCGAAUGCCGUCUCCGGAGCAUACGCCACCGCUCCAGAAAGCAGCAGCAAUGGAAUAGGACAGCCGCCUCCGCUAAAGCGUCUGAAGUACAGCGUCGACCUCGACAUGCCUCCGCAGAUCUCAUCACCAACCGAAUCCACUUCCGCGGGCGCCACGCCUCAACUCUUUCCUAGCAUCACCAGUACUGGGCUAACCACAGCCACCACGGCCUCGUCGCCGUUGACACCAGCUGCCUCCUCGCCAUACAGCGACGGGGGGCGUCAGACUUCGUCCAGCCACGGAAUGCUAGGAUCUCCUGAUGUCCGAAAGAUGUCAGUCAACUCGCUUCUCUCAGGUCCUCCGGGACCGGUAGCGCGGCAGUACGCACCGCCAUCAGAGAGAGCAGUUAAUGCCAGGACCACAUUGUGCUUAUCCCAUGUCACCACAUACUAUGGGGUCGACCCCGGCUUCAGGGACCUGGACCUCGGCCAGAAUGACGACGCUCAUGCCAUCAUCAAGUCAUCCAGGGACUCCACUGCCGAGGAUGACAUGAACGCGGUCGACUCUAUCAGAAUAGAAGAUGCGAGCGCGACAAGGCCGCGAGGGUAUUACAGCCGCCCUAUGCCGGUCCGGAUUCCUCAAGACCUCGAGCCCCUCCCCUCCAAGCUGCGCGACAACCCGAUGAACUUACUGUACUUCCACCACUUCAUGAACCAUACAGCCAAGGCCCUUGUACCCCACGAUGACGAGCAAUCCAACCCGUACAGACAUGUCCUGCCGAUGAUGGCCGUCCAGAACGACAACCUACUGAGCCUCAUGCUGGCGUACUCUGCUUCUCAUCGCGCCCACCUGCUGAACCAACCAGAGCCAGCUAUGCGGAUAGCACACUGGGUCCAGGACAUUUUCCCAGCCCUGCGAAAUGCCUUGAACGAUCCGAACCAGAAGAUUUCCAACGCCAAUAUCGCGACCGGAAUCAUGCUCGCGUCCCUGGAGAUCGUCAGUCCGACCGCGUUCGGCUACACGAUCCCGUGGCAGCGGCACCUGGGGCUCGCGCGAGAGCUGAUCGCGUCGAGGCCGGACGGGAUCCGCUGGUCUCGGCGGUGGACGCAGGAGGACCAGGUGCGCGCGUUCCUGUGGAGCUGGCUGGCGUUCCUGGACGUGCUGGGCACGCUGAGCGGGGGUCGGAGGGAGAGCUCGACGGCGUGGAUCUUGGACUACCAGAAGGACGACUACGAGGAGGAGUUCGACGAGAUCGACUGUUUGAUGGGGAUGACGACCCGGGGAGUCUACAUCCUGGCCAAGGUGGCCGAGCUGGCCAAGGAGUGCGACGCGCUGCGCACCAACGGCGGCAUCACAACCAGCAGCGGCCCCGGCGCGGCGGACAUCUUGCCGCACCCGCCCGGGAUGCCCAGCGGCAGGGAGUGGCGGCCGCCCAAGGACAUCAUCACGCGGGCGUGGGAGCUCGAGGACGAGGCGAAGCGCAGCAUGAUCCUGCCGCCGCAGCCGUGCAAGCACCUGCACGCGUCGGGGGACGUGGUAAGGUGGAACCAGCGCGAGAUAUCGGCGCUCAACGAGGCGUACCACUGGGCCGGGCUGGUCCACCUCCACCGGCGCGUGCUGGGCAAGCCCUCGAGCCACGAGGACGUGCAGGCGGCCGUGCUCAAGAUCCACGCGUGCGUCGACUGCGUGCCGCUCGGGGGCAGCGCCGAGGCCAGCGUUCUGUUCCCGCUCUUCACGGCCGCGUGCGAGACGCUCGCGGGCGAGGCGCGGCGGGCGAGGAUCCGCGAGAGGCUGGGGAGCAUGGCUCGCAGCGGGUUCUUGCAGGUUGUCAGGGCCAAGGAGCUGGUGGAGAGGGUGUGGGAGAGCGGCAGGUCUUGGGAUGAGAUGGUGACAACAGAAUUCGUCGGGUGA